AUGAAUAUAUUUUUUCCACUACUUUUUUGUGUAAAGUUAAUUUUUUUAUUUUUUAAAUUAACAAUUAACGCUAAGAAAAUAAUUAAUAAAAAUAUAAAAAAUAAAACAUUCAUAUUAAAAAAGUCUAACAAUAUAAAUGGGAUUUAUUUUAUUAAUACAAAAUUAAAUAGAAUAGAAAAUAAAAAAAAUAAAAAUAAGAAAACGAAAUUAUUUUGUGAUCAUAAUGAUAAUGUCAAUAUAAUGGAACAACCAAAUAAUAGUGUCAAUAUAUCUAAGGAUAACAAUUCAUUUAUUUAUUUGAAUCGUAAGAAGUUGACAAACUUACUUCUAAUAGUUAAUUAUGAUGGUACAAAUUAUAAUGGUUGGACGGGAUUAGAAAAUAGUAGUGAAGUUUAUUUGAAUGCUCUACAAAAUUAUAAAAAUAGAAAAAAAACAGAACGUCAAAAAUAUAUAGAAAGAAAAAAAUAUACUACUGUUCAGAAUAAUAUUCUCGAUUGUAUAUUAAAAUUACAUGGAUAUAAAUAUAUUCACAAUAAUAAUAAUAAUGAACAUAUUUAUAAUAGUUAUGACAAUGAUGAAACAAAUAAUUCUAAUAGUGCUCAUCUUAAUGAUCAUAACCAAAAUAAUGUAAGUAAUAUUAUUAAUAAUAAACCAUUUGAAUUUAUUGGAGUUAGUAGAACUGAUAAAGGGGUACAUGCGAAAGAAUAUAUUUGUCAAUAUAUAUCAUAUGAAAAAGAACCACCAUGCGAUGGAAAUAUGGAACACAUAAAAAGAUCAUUGAACAGUCUAUUAAAUAAAGAUAUAAAAAUAUUAGCUGUGCUAAAAAGUCCACAUGAUAAUUUCAAUAUUAGAUUUCAUAAUUCUGGAAAAAUUUAUACUUAUAAUUUGGAUAUUAGAAAUCCUAGUCAACCCUUAGAAAGAAAUUAUGCGUGGCAGCUUUAUGACGAUCCAAGGUUUUUCUUCUUAUCAAAAAAAACAAAAAAACAUAACAAGGAAAAAACACAGAAUGAUAUACAUACAACGCUACAAACGUGUGCAACACCAGGGGAUGAAAAUGGUAUGAAGGGGUUAUAUAUAACUAGCAAAAAAGAAGAAGAUAUAAAAGAUAUUUAUGUCGAAGAGUUAACUCAUCUCUUUGAAGAAAAUUAUAUUAGUAAUGGAACAUAUGAUGAUGAAGUUAUGUCAGAUGAGACACAAAAUUAUAUAGGUGGUGACAUUAUAUCAAGUAAUAAUAUAUCAAGUAAUAAUAUAUCAAGUAAUAAUAUAUCUACUAAUAAUAUAUCUAGUAAUAAUAUAUCUACUAAUAAUAUAUCUAGUAAUAAUAUACCUAUUGAUAAUAUAUCUAGUAAUAAUAUACCUAUUGAUAAUAUUCCCCCUAGUAAUGAUCCCCCUAAUGAUAACCCAACAAGUGAUCCCCCCUUUUUUUAUGAUAAAAAUAUGAAAAGUUCAUAUAACGACAUAAGCCACAGUAUGAAGAUAAUAAAUAGAGAAAAAGAAAUACGGUCAGUAAUACCAUGUGAUAUUAAUAAAAUAAAAGAAUGUGCCAAGUUAUUUAUAGGACAUCAUAAUUUCGAAUGUUUUCGUGGAACAUUAAAAGGAACAGAGAAAUUAAGAAAAAUCAAUACUUACUGCACGAUUCAUUUUUUAGAUGUAUAUGAAUUAAAAAAUAAUUUAUAUCAAUUUGUUAUACAAGGGGAUCGAUUCUUAUAUCAUAUGAUUAGAAUUAUUGUAGGUACCCUAGUCCAAGUUGGUGUUGGUCUUUUAAAUAUUGAAGAUGUAAGAGAUGCGUUGCAUUUAUGUAAGCCUCUUAAAGUUAAAUUGUGUGCCCCUUCGCAAGGGUUAUGUUUGAAUAAAAUAUUAUUACAAGAGCCACUGGAUAAAUUAGUAGCUUCUGCUUUAAUAUCAAAUUAG